GUAACUUGCUGUGAUCCGCGCUGCGUCCCUGAGCAGUUCUUCAACAUCAAAGCCGGAGAGGUCGUUGUCCACCGCAACUCUGGCGGCAACAUUCGAUAUGCCCUACGGGAUAUCCUGACCCUGGACUCGCUGUACCGGCUCGACGAGAUUGCCAUUGUCCAGCAUACCGACUGUGGCACUCUCCGUUUCACAGACGAGCAGAUUCGGCGCUCAUUGAAAGAACGGGUCGCCGAGGAGCAUUGGGCUGACAUUGACACGAUGGACUUCGGCGCAAAUACAGACAUCGUUGAAAGUAUUACCAGGGACCUCAAAUGGGUCCGAGAACAUCCGCUCAUUCGGGACGGGCUCAAGCAAGGCACUCAGGGCUUUGUGUACGACCUGAAGUCUGGGAAGGUGGAGAGAGUCAAUGCUUGA